AUGCUCAUGUUCGCAUUUCCCUGCUCUGUCGACAACCUCGAUAAGCACGAGAAGCAUUUUCCCAUACCUGACUAUAUGCUGGGAACAUGGAUCGAUUACGAAUCUCCAUCCACCAAAGACAUUCCUCGCAUUUCGUUCACCUACCUGCAAGAAGGGGCCACCCGGCAAUUACGGCUCCAAGGGUUCAAGAUCCCCGCUGCCUAUUUCACCCGCAUCUUGCAAGAGUACAAGCCUCAGUCUUUGGUCAUACACUGUGUCGAGGUUGAACCCGAGUUCGAAAUUUACGUAGAAUCCCUUCUCCAGCUCUCAACGCUCGAGAAUCUCACCUUCUCGGCAGUCGUCGUCCAGUAUCGGCCCACACGCCGGGGCGUUCGGACUUCCAUCGACCCGGAUCCCGAUGUCUUGCCAUCAAUAGAGCUGCGUGGAAACCAGAGGAUCAAAGACUAUCUCAGCUACAUCCUGGAGCGGAGGAAUGUAGGAAUCUAUGCCCGACUGAAGUAUCAUCGGCGUAUGAUUACCAUUCUGGAUUUUCCGGAUCCUCUCGUUGUUAUGCCGGACUCCUGA